AAUAAAUAAAGAGUGCAGCUUUAGUUUCACACUUGUAUUUUUUGUCAAAUAUAACGUAGAGAACUAGUGAAGCUAAAAUAUAACACAAAAUUUUAUGUAAUGACUACCGAAGAUGCAAUUGAAAAUAUUAUCGGUCGUUUCGGUUUAUAUCAGACGUGGGUGUUGUUUUUAAUUGCGAUCGGAAGAGUCCCCGCUGAUUUCCAAUUGACAAAUGUAGUUUACAUUUUGCCAAAAGUUAAUUAUGUGUGUCUUGAUGAAGGAGCAUCUAAUAUGACUAAUUACUGUCCCUGCAAAAAUCCUGAGUAUGACACGGGUACUAUCGUCGAAUCGAUUGUAACAACUUGGCACCUCAUUUGCGGCAGCUCUUAUCUAGCCAGCUUAGCGCAAUCCGUGCUGCAAAUAGGAAUCCUUACGGGAAGCCUGCUGUACGGAUAUCUUUCAGACCGAUAUGGGCGCAAGACUACAAUUUUAAUGGCGCUUACCACCGAUGUCGUCUUUGUAGUAGCUUCAGCGUUGGUGCCAGACUUUUGGAUGUUCCUCGUCCUUCGUUUUUUGAUCGGCACAUCGGUCGGUGGCACUUUGAUAUGCAGUUAUACUCUAAUGGUGGAAUUAAGUGGUAAAUCAUUUCGACCAUAUUUGCCAGGAUUGACGCAAAUAGCAUAUGCUACUGUUUCUAUAGUGCACCCGAUCAUAGCUUAUUACGUAAGAGAGUGGAGGUAUCUACAAUUAGUGACGUCACUACCCUGCGUAUUCGUGCUCUCAUAUAAGUGGCUAAUGUUGGAAUCACCACGAUGGUUAAUAACCGUAGGCAAGAAAAAAGAAGCUAUAAAUGUUCUGACAAAGAUUGCUAAAUGGAACAAAAGGCCAACUGAAAACAUUGCCUCAAUUAUUUAUGCAGCUGAAGAACAUAAAACAAAGAAAGAAGAACCAAAGUACGGUUCUUAUUUAGACUUGUUUUCGACACCGAAAAUGAAAAUGUACUCCUUAAUAAUUGCUUGCGUUUGGUUUUGCUGCGGGAACACAUUUUAUGGCAUUAAUCAAUAUAUCGGAAGACUUCAGGGAAACUUUUAUCUAAAUAUAUUUCUGUUUGGAGUUUUUCAUAUUCCUCCAUUAUUUUUUAAUGUUCUUGUAUCUUUAUAUAUCAAGAGAAAAAUAGGUGUUAUUGGUAGUUUUACUAUUUCGGCUAUUGCCUUGAUUAUAUUUAUAUACAUCCCCAGUGAUCUAGAAUCUAUAUCUCUAGCCUUUGCUAUUCUAGGUCAUAUUGGUUCUAAUAUGGCAUUUGGUCAAAUGUAUUUGUUUACUUCCGAAUUAUUUCCAACAGUUGUAAGAAAUUCCGCUUUAGGAUUUGCAUCAAUGUUUUCAAGAUUUGGUGGUUUUGCCGCCCCUUUUGUGGUAAAUAUUGGUAUUGAGUGGAUAUCUGUUGCAAUAUUUAGUGGUGUUACCUUAAUUGCAGCAUUCUUUUGCUUUUUCCUUCCUGAUACAAAGGAUAAAGUAUUAUUAAACACAAUUGAACAAGCUGAAAAGUCAACUGAUGAUAAAUAA